AUCACUUCCGAGUAAACUUUCGUAACGCGACACUGUGACUUUCACCUGAAAUUUUUUAAAUUUUAAAACUUUGGACAGCAAAAUGUAAUGUUCCAGGCUGAAAACCUCUUUGUGAAACAAUUAACUAAUGAUUGUUACCACGUGUUACUUAUGAUGAGACAUAUCAGAAGGGGGUGUGUUACGUAACAGAAACAUGUCCUUCCCUAACUGGGUUAUCCAUGCCAGUGCUCUUGGAACCGUGGCCCUAGGUUCUCUUCUCUUAAGAGAUUACCUUUCUGGUAAGGUGUAUAAAGGAGAGGAAAUGUUACUGGGAAAAACUGCUGUAGUGACUGGGGCUAACUCAGGGAUAGGAAAGGAGACAGCAAAGGACUUCGCUAGAAGAGGAGCUAAAGUAAUCCUGGCUUGUCGAGACUUAGAGAAGUGUGAGGCGGCCCAGGAUCUCAUCAGACAGGAAACACACAACCAGAAGGUGUUCUGUAAAAAACUCGAUCUCGCCAGCUUCAAGUCCAUCAAAGAGUUCACUGAUGACAUUAAAAAAGAGGAAAAAUUUUUGGACAUCCUGGUCAACAAUGCAGGAGUGAUGCACUGCCCUUACCAGAAAACUGAAGAUGGGUUUGAGUACCAGCUGGGAGUGAAUUAUCUUGGUCCAGUCCUUCUCACUAUGUCAUUACUGGAUCUUCUCAUUAAGUCUGCACCCAGUCGUAUCGUUAAUGUAUCAAGCAGUGUUAGCCAGGCGGGACAUAUAAACUUCAGUGAUCUCAACUCAGAGAAUGGCUACCAUCUGACUCUCGCCUACAACCAAAGUAAACUGGCUCUCUUGAUGUUUACAAAGGAGCUGUCUAAACAUUUAAAAGGAACUCAGGUGACAGUCAAUGCCCUACAUCCUGGUAUUUGUGACACGGAUAUCGGUAGAAAUGUCAAGGUCAACAAGGUCUUUUCUUUCCUGUCCUACCCGUUUAGAUCCAUCUUCGUUCGUCAGCCUUACCGAGGGGCGCAGACGUCCAUCUUCUUAGCUGUCAGUCCCGAGGUGGAGAAAGUCUCCGGCAAAUACUUCAGUGAUUGUAAAGAAAAGGCAGUGAAUUCUGAACAGUAUUUAGAUGAUGAGGCUUGUAAAAAGUUAUGGCUACAGACCUUAAAGAUGGUUAAACUGAUAUGAAGGACUUAUUUCAUAACAUUUCAAUGGGUUUAGAAUGUAUGUGUUUGAAUGUAAGGAAAGAGUGAUUUACAAAUAAAGUAAUCAAAUCUGA